AGGGCUGAGUUCUGCAGCCAAGGUCGGAACAGGCAGCACAGGAGACAGACAGGAGAACCACUGGCAACAGGAGACAAGAGGACAGUGCCUGGACAUUCGCAGUGCAGCUGCUAUUCUGUUGGUGAGGAAGAGGAGGGACAUCCCAUACAGUGGAGACAGAGACUCACCCAGCUCAGGGCACCACAGUCCUCUCCACGAAGCGCUGGACACUGACCACGACCUCUGCACCCCGCGUUUCCUCUCUUUUCUCUCAGAACAGCAAUGGACCGUGACGAUGGCUAUAACAAAUUCCAUAACACAGAGCUGGAGACCAGUUACCAUGGUAACAGCCUCUUCUCGCAUGCAGGGAAACGCUGGCCCUGCCUGCUGCAUACAACUCUCCUUAUGCUGCUGCUGGUCCUACUGCUUCUCACGGGACUGAAGUUCUCUUUAGUCCAGCAGGAGGUCGCAGAGGUCAAGCUCCUCCUCCUGGGCAUGAACUCCUCAAAGGCAGAGCCUCAGGGUGCCACCCUCAAGCAAACAGUGCUCCCUGGACAACCCUGUCUGUGCCCUGCAGCAGUAACCCUGCUCCUCAGGUACACUGCACAGCCAGCUCCACUCUUUGCUCUUCCUCUCCCAGCAGGACUGGCAGUUUCCUACACUGAGGGAGGGGACUGUGGUGAGGGCUGGAUCCAGUUCAAGAUGAGCUGCUACUUGAUGGCCACUCAAAAGAAUAGCUGGCAUGAUGCACAGACUGCAUGUGUGCAAGAGAGAGCGCACCUGGUGGUCAUCAACACUGCAGAGGAGCAGGAUUUCUUCUCUGAACAAGUGGACAUUGCAGUGAGGCAGGUCUUCUGGAUCGGGCUACACGACAGGAGUGAGGAAUCCAAGUGGGAGUGGGUAGACGGCACAGACUUCAGCUCCACCCCACAUUUCUGGGACCUUGGCCAGCCUGACAACUGGCAGUACUCUAAUCUCGGGGAAGACUGCGUGCAGUUGCAUCGCUAUGCCAUAGAGCCAGGGCGCUGGAAUGAUGCAAACUGUGACCUUCGCUUCCGCUACAUCUGCGAGAGGGAGAGGAAAUAAAGAAUAGUGCCCCCUAUCACCCAGCACAGGAACAACAAACAACAGGAACUAGUGUCAUACAACCCCAAUCGAUUUUUAAAUCAGUUUUACUCUUAUAUGCCGCCAAAGAAACACAUCUGCUUCCUUUGUAGAAUCAAUAAAAAACACGACUGAGCUGCAUGAAGUUUUGCUCUUUUAUUGUGAAAUCCUCGACAAUUAUAAAUAAAGACAGAGAAGCAAAUGAA